AAGCACUUGGAAUUUAAAAAAUACAGAGGUUUAUACUGCGGUGGAACGUGCAAUUAUACAAAUAUCAUUAACACUGGAUUCUAGCUGUUUUUAAACUUCGGUGCAAUUUAUAAACGAACAUCAAUUUCAGAUAGUGCCGUGUUGUUUCCGGUUUUCAACAUUGUUGUCGUGACCCCAUGACCCUAUGAAAUGUCGGAUUAUGAUUACUAUGAUGACGAUGAUGAUUACAUCGUGGUUUACAUACCUAUGAUCGUUGCGUUUGGAGUUUUCUUUCCGGCGAUGGUAGCGCUCAUUUGUUUCCUGAAGUGGAAGAAGAAGAAAGGAAUGAAUAUUCAACCAAAUGGGCAAAUUGGUACAAAUUUCAAUAGUAAUACACAAGGCGGACAUGGUCAGUUUGGUGUGUGUCAUGAUGGACAGUCCAGAUAUUGGCAAACUGGAAAUGGACAGUCCGGGAAUAAUCUAAGCGGAUAUGCACAGUCAUCUGGAUUCGGACAAUCACAAGCAGGAACAACUCAGUACAAUCAAUACGGACCACAACUUGGUGGUAACUUUACGUACUAAACUCAACCAUCUUCGGGGUUUUAGUUCAGUAUUUUCAUACAUUGUGAU